GGCGCCGCCGAGAACAGCCGGGGCGCCUGGGGCGCCGCUGAGGACUCCUGGAAGGACGCCCCCCGGCGGCAUCGGCAGCAGCGGCGCCACGGCGCGGCAGCCGCAGGCGGCAAGCGCCAGUGCCAGUUCACCAUCGGCAUCGAGGAGGAGCCGAGCUUCCGCGUGGUGCGCAGGCUGAUCGGGGAGCACGGGAAGCACGUGAAGCGCAUCGCGGAGGCGUCGGGCGCGAAGCUGCGCCUGCGGGGCCGGGGCUCGGGCUUCCAGGAGGGGCCCGAGCAGGAGGAGUCCCGCGAUCCGCUCAUGCUGUGCGUGAGCGCGCCGGACGAGCGCUCCUACGGCAUCGUCGUGUGCCUCGUGCGCGAGCACCUCGAGGACGUCUACGAGCAGUACUGCGCCGCGCACCCCGGCUCCCGGGGCCUGCGCGUCGACCUGCACGAGGGCCCCCGCGAGGGGAGCUACUGAGGAUAUGGGGGCGAUCCCUGACGGCGAUCGCGCCGCCCCGCCGCGCGCGUGUCGGCGUGCCUGACGGCACGCACAGCGGGGCGCCGAAUUCGCAGGACGCGGUGUACAUAGUUCUCGGUAGCUCGGCGACGCUGCCACCGCGUCCCGAUGUUGCGACGGCAACGUCCUUGCCUCCCCUCGGCAGCGGUGCCGCCGGGUCGCGAUGCUUCGACGCCCACCUCCUCGCGUUGUUGAGCACAGCGGGUGCUGUGCAGGGGCGAGUGCGCUCUGGCAUCAAGUCUGGCUGCCCUCGAGAGGCUCCAAGGGGAUUCUUUCUUGCCUUGGAGCGAGUCCUCAUUUUUUUUGCUCCUCCGCCCCGCUUCCGAGGCGAGAAACACAAGGGGGCCCAGCGGAGUCGAGGGGCGCGUUGCGACUGGCGCGUGGCCCCACCUCCAAGGGAGACUUGCCGAGUAACUUCCUCAUGACUGAGGUCGUCGUGGGGAGGCUGGGAGAGGUGACGAGCUCCCAGUGCCGUCUCCGAGGGACGUUGGGGGAUCGGUCCUGCUGCUGCUCGUGAACCUCCAGAACAGGCUCCUCCUCCCCGCUCCCCGGAAUGGGGUAUGCGGGCUGCCUGACUGCGUUGGGGGCCACACUUGCGGGCACGAGCGGGCGGCGCCCUGGGCAGGGCAUUCCCGCCGGCCGGCAGUCGUAGCGGCGCAAGUAGUGCGCGGCGCCCGCCGCGCGGGGGCGCCCGGGAAGCCCGAUGGGGCGAACUCCUGCGUGCCGGGCGCUUGCGAGGCUGCGGCCGACAGGGUCGGAAGGCAGGGUGGGCGAACGCCGGG